UGUGUGAACAACAAUACCAUAUGGAGGCGCAACCCUCCCGUAAGCGACCGCACGCCGACGACGACGGUGGUGGUGAUGGCGAUGCUGAUGAAUUUAAUCGAAAACCUGCGGCAAAGAGGGUGAGGUUCCCAAAGGGAAAGAAGGUGAAGCCUGAAGAUGAAGUGGUGGCGGCUAUUGUACCCCCAGUUGCUGAAGAUGAAUCUAAAGAGUUGCAAGACACCCAGGUUGUAGCAAAAGCACGGUUGAAGCGCCGGCAUCAGGAUAAAGCUGAACUCAUUAAUGAAGAAAACGGGGAUCUUCUUGAUGUCGUAGCAGCUGCCGAAAUGCAGUAUGAGGAUAACGAGACACUCGUUGAUGAUGGAAUUCAGCUUGAACCUUUCAAUCUCGAACAAGAAAGGAAAGAAGGAUUUUUUGACAAGACAGGAAAUUAUGUUGAGUACGUUACUAAUGACAUCAAGGAUGCAUGGCUUGAUAGCAUUGAUGCUGAUCCAAAUCUUGCAGAAAGACAUUCUAUGAUUACAGAUGAUGUUGUUGAAGCUGCUGACCUUUCAAGUGAAGAUAUUGGAAAUAUUAAGAGAAGAAUUGCCGAUGUGCUUGAACCGGGGGAGACGGUCUUGCAAGCUUUAAGAAGGCUGAAAGGAAGUUCAAAUAGUAGGAAGGAAAAGAUGUCAGCUGAAACAAAAGUUGUGUUUGAUCAAUUAACUGAAGAUGCCAUGAAACUGAUGGAGGAUGGCGACUACAACGUGUAUGAUGAAAAACAGGAGGUCUUUCAGAGGGAAGCAGAGGGAUUUGAAAAGCUAGCACAGGCUAGAGGAGCGGGCACCUCUUCAAGUUCAGGAAACAAGCAACCCGAUUCUUCUGGGACUGCUGACUUCAUUCUCAAUGGAAUACAAGGAGCAGAUAAUACUUCAAACAAUGAGGAUGAUUUUGACAUGUUUGCUGAAAAUGAUGAUGGAAAUGCUACUGUCGAUCCAUUGGCUGGUACUGGGCCUACACAAAACGAUUAUGUAUUUGAUGAAUCUUCGGGGUACUACUACAGCAGUAGUUUGGGGUAUUACUAUGACCCCUCUUCAGCACUAUAUUGCAAUGCAGCCUCUGGACAGUGGUAUUCAUAUAACCAAGAAACCGGGGCCUACGAUGAGUUACCGGCAGGAGAAGCAAACACAAACUAGUAGGUGUAGUCUCUUUCUCAUAUCUUGUACAAAGUAAAGAGGAGACAUGUAAUGUAAGCUUAACUUAAGCAGAUUUGAUUUUUCAAAUUCACUUUUUAGGCUCCUUGUACUUUUUACUGCAAAAUUAUAUGAAAUAGUUACCCUAUUAGACUCACCGUUUAAUCCCAGUCGGUUAUUGUUUUACACCGUUUCGUGAACGAUAUUGGGAUUAUUGUUUUACACUAUUUUGUGAACGAUCAGCUGACCUCGUUAAAUUGAUGUAUGCUUCAACUGUGUCCGUAGCAUGUUACAUCGAAA